ACUUUACAUUAUAAACCAAGUAAUUACCAGAAUACUAUAUGCCGUUGAAAUUGUUAUUUGGAUGCCGUAUGACACCCAACGAAAUGUUAAGAAAGAAUCAACGAGCUCUCAAUAGAGCAUUACGCGAUUUGGACAAUGAAAAUAUGAGAAUGAAACAACAAGAAAAGAAAAUUAUUAUGGACAUAAAGAAAAUGGCCAAAGAUGGAAAAAUGGUAAAUCAUGGUAUUUUAUUUUUAAAAAAGUUAAAUUUGAUUUACUGAUAUGAAUUACAAAUUUCAUACUAACCUUAAUAUAAAUUUCUUAUAUAAUUAAUAUUUUAAUAUUAAGUUUUGUUUUCAUAACUAAAUAAUGUUUUUAUAUCAUUAGAGAAUUUGUAUGGCAAGUUAUCUAUUACUUUAGUAAAUUUGUUCGUAGAACAAUCAACAGGUUAAUACUAUAUUGUUUUAAAUGUAACUAGUGAUUUAUUUGUUAUAAUGUUACAUAUCUUGUUAAUUAUUUUCUUGAUUAACGACUAUUGUUAACACUAAAAAACCUAAAGAAAAUUAUGAACCUAUCAUAAUUUAUUUCUACAUUAGAUCACUCGAUACAAAAAAAGGUAAAAACAUAGUAUUUAACCUGUCAUUGUUAUCAACGUUUUGCUAACAGUAAAUUUAUGUUAGGAACUACUUCUUCAUAUAAAAAUAUGUUGUUUCGAAAUUACAUGUACCUCUUAUUGACAUAAUAUUAUACUAAAAUAACAACAAAAACAAAUUAUUAACACCAAUUUAUAGGUAUUAUCGCAGAAUAGAUGAACAGUCAAAUUCAUCAUUAUCGAUUAUGUUAACGUUACACUUGCAUGAUCUAUGCCAUCAAUAUUUUUUUAUUUUAUAAAAUUAGCAAUAAUUAUCAUUAUGAAGUUAUUCAUUUAGAUAAAAUAUUUUAUACUCGGUAAUAUGGCAAUUUUUUAUUAUUCCUAAGUUUUAAAGGUCAGUUCGUCAUGUGUUGUAUAUGUGUGUAAAGAGCAUACUUGUCCUAUAUGUUAUACCGUAAAAGAAAACUCAAAAAUUUUGAAUGAUGAAUUAUCAUUUUUAAUGACCUUUUUUUUAUAAUUUGUAUUAUUUUAACAGGUUUUGUUUUAUAAAUCAGUAAUUUUUUUUUUUCAAUAAUAUUUAUAUUUUUUACUAAAUUAAUUAUUUGUUUUUAAUUUUUAAUAUAGAAAAUUUGAAUGAUAUUUACUAUUGAUAAUCAAAUUUUUGUCGGAAAUAACUAGAUAAACAUUUUUAUCUUUAUUUCACUAUUCUAAGUUCAUUAAAUAAUUUAUAGAAACAAAAAAUGACCAUGUUAGUGUAACGCUAACCAGAUAGCAAUCUUGUCACAAAACAUGACAAUACCGACAAUGGGUUAAACAUUCAAAAUAUUAUAAUAGUGAUAAUUUUAAUUUAUAAGGUAUUAUUAAUUAUCUAAUCAAUAGUAAACUGAAACCAUCUCGAAUAGCCUGAAGUGUUACAUUAAAUCCUAAAUAUUUUCAUUUAACAAAUUGUUUUUAUUUUAUUAAUAGCAUAUUUUCAAGAAUUUAAGUAUUAGAAUUGAUUAUAUAUAUUUAUUUAACUAUUUUUAAUCAAUGGUAUUAGCCUACUAAUUGUUAAAUAGUUUAGAUGAAUAUUUUGUUGAUUUAGGAAUCUGUGAAAAUCAUGGCAAGAGACUUGGUGAGAACGAGACAUUACCAAAAAAAAUUUAUGAUGAUGAAGGCAAAUGUACAAGCGGUAUCAUUGAAAAUACAAAUACUAAAAUCGCAAAAUGAAAUGGGUCAAGCAAUGAAAGGUGUGACUAAAGUAAUUCAUAAUAUGAACAGGUGUAUUUUUUAUUAUUUAAUAAUAAUCAAAUAUCAGUGAAAAAUAACUGUUAUCUAAUGACUAUUAAAUGUUCUUGAUACAUCAAUAAUUAAAAUUUCAAUUAUUAUGUAUAAAUAUUUAUCAUUCAAACUGUAGUAGUAUACACUUUAUAACUGAUUAUAAUAAUACUAGAUAACAAUAUACAUUUGUGUGUUGUAUUAGACAGUUGAAUUUACCUCAAAUUCAAAGGAUAUUACAAGAUUUUGAAAAACAGUCUGAAAUUAUGGACAUGAAAGAAGAAGUAUUGAAUGAUGCUAUAGAUGAUGCAAUGGAAGACGAAGGGGAUGAAGGAGAAACGUAUGAAUUAAUAAUAUUAUUUUUAUUAUAAAUAAAUAAUAGUAAUUUGUUUUGAGGAUUGUAAAGAUAUUGCUUUUUUUUUUACAAUGUAAUACAUUAUUACUGAGAGUAACAAACCUAUACAUAAUUUAAAUUAUUUAUAGAACUGUGGGAGAAAGUAAUACUACUUUGUAUCUAAUUAUGUAUAUAUAUUGGCAGUUCAAAUGCUUACAUACUAGUUGAACAUUUAAAAUAUAAUUUUAAAUUUAAUUGAGAAUGUAUUAAGGGUUAAGCACAUAAUCAUAAAUAUUAUUAUAGCUUUCAAGUGUUUGUUAUUAUUAAAAGUGAAAUCUUUUUUUCAGAGAUCAAAUUGUAAUACAAGUAUUAGAUGAGUUAGGUCUUCAGCUUACAGACCAAUUGUCUGGAUUGCCCUCAGUCUCUGGGUCAAUAAGUUUAGCUGCCACAGACAAAAUGUCAAUGGUGGCUCAAGAUGAAGGUAGUGGUGCUGCUACACAACCAAAUGAUAAUGAUGCAGACCUUCAAGCAAGAUUAAAUAAUUUAAGGCAUAAAUAA